AUGACACCUUGUGACACCAUCAUAAAAACUGCGGUCGAAGAAAAAGCAGAUUUCAUUGGUUGUUCUGGUUUGAUCACACCCUCAUUAGAUGAAAUGGUUCACGUAGCAAAAGAGAUGCAACGAAACGGACUCAAGAUCCCUUUGCUCAUUGUUAGAAUCCGUUCAGGUGGAGCUACCACGUCCAAAACCCACACUGCUGUAAAAAUUGCACCGCGCUACAGUGGCCCUGUCAUACAUUGUCUAGAUGCUAGCAAAUCUGUCGUUGUGUGCUCUGCUCUUACGGACAAAACGACUAGAGAUGCAUUCCUUGCUGAUAUUAGCGAAGAAUAUGAAGAGGUACGACAAGAGCACUAUGAAACGUUAAAGGAUAGACGCUUUACUGCCAUAGAUGUUGCCAGAACGAAAGCUUUACGUAUUGACUUUGACAAAUUUGCUCCA